AUGGCGGAUGGGAUGAAUAACGGCCACAGUAACGGACAUCCCACGCCUAACCCGCCCGCCGAAGCACGCGCGUUGUCCUCCGCUGCGUCCACGGCCUUUUGGCUGACGGGUGUGACAUGCGUCGCGGCGGCGGACCUGCAACCUGUGUGCCGUCCACGGCACGGACUCGGGGAGAAGAUCAAGGAGGAGGAUGAGGCGGUGGAGGUGAAGCAGGAUGAGGCGCGUCCGGCGCACGAGCAGGGGCGCUGCAGGAAUGGCAGUGGCGGCGGGCAGUGUUUGGGGUCCGCCUCCGCGGCGGCGGUGGCAUGGCUGCGGCGGGAGGAGGCGCACGGGGCCCACAGAGGCGGCAACGGCCACAGUCGCGGCGGGACGGUUCCCCACUCGUCCUCGUCGUCGUCGCCGUCGAGGGUGCCGGUGCACGUCGUGGAAGAGACAGUAAUGUGCAACCUCGUCCCCCUGCUGCCGCGCACGCAUGCGCAGUUGGGGCUCGUGACACAAAUAGUGCCGUGCACGCUCUGGCCGCCUCCCGCAGACGACGCACGCGCCACGUCCAGGGCGACCUCCCUGCAGCAGGCCGCAGGUAUGGCCUCGGGAUUGCACUGCAGCGCCCUGCGCGGGUCCGGGGCGCCCGCCUCCUUUCUGCCGUCCUCCCCCGCGGCUCUGCCAGGGGCGUUGGUGGAGUGGUCGACCGGCGGCGUGGGGUACACGGCCGACACGGAGGGGCUGUGGGCGGAGCAGCGCGUGGUGUUGGAGCGCUACCACCACCUGCCGCCGCUCGUAAUAGACUGUGAUGCACGCCACAAGGGCGACACUGCGGGUGACACUGCCGACGGCGAUGCUGUGGGGCUGCGCACGCCACCGUCAACGUUGACCGGGGCGGUGCGAGAGCAGCUGCGCCGGUUUUGCUGCCUACAGCAGGAGCGACGCUCGCGAAACGACCUGGGCGAGUGGGUGUUGUGUUUUGCGCGGCUGGUGCCAAUAAGCUACGAGCUGGCUGUGGUGCUUGAGCAGCUCACCUCCCAGUCGGGCACCGCCGGCGCCACCGCGGUCGCUGGCUCUCGUGCGGCUGCGGAAAUGCUGCCGGCGUGUGAUGCGCUCCUUGACGAGAUGUUUCUCAUUGGCAUUGUGCCAAGCGGGGAGCCGCAUCGCCUGUCGCUGGUGUGCCCCUCCGAGGCGCACCGGCGGCUGACGGAGCAGCAGCGACUGACCCCGAAGCCGCGGCCCAGCGUUGCGGAGUCCCUGAUGGAGAUGAUGACCUUGGCGCUGCGCGAGUCGCUCUGCCGCCGCAUUGGCGUGCAGUACGAGCUCCUCCGCAUUCUUCGCGUGAAGGCCCUGGCUGCGGCGCACCGCGACCUGCUCUUCCAGUACUCCCGCUGGUACUCGAGCGUCCCACCGCCGCUGGCCGCGCUGCACGUGUUGGCCGGCAGCACCCUCUUCGCCCCCCUCGUGGCGCAGCGCUGGGCCCGGCGAGCGGCAACGCCGUCGGCCGCCGGCGUGAAGCGCCGACGAGCGGCGGAGGCGGAGGCGGAGGCGGAGGCGGGGGCGGAGGCGGAGGAGGCCCCCUGUGACCGCGUCGGGAGGGCCGUGGCGGCGAGGGUGCCGGCCGAAAUGGACCUCCUCGACGACGACUACGCCGCCCGCUUCGCGGCCUGGAUGCGGUGCGGCGGCGGCGGCGGCCUGGGCAACCACCAGCACGGCGGCAACGUGGGUGGCGGGUGCGAUGAGGGGGCACUCGCGGCAACGGUUAGUUGGCUGCGCCGGCGCAGACGCACCAUGACGCUGAAGGAGCUCGACGCCUUCGCCCGCAAGAAGCUCUGA